CGUUCAAACAUAAGAUGUUUCGUGUUUCAUGGUAAUCAAAGGCAAACAUGUCGACCGAUGAAUGGCUGGAUCGGGUGAUGCUUAUAGAACAAGCUGUCGCCAAGUGCCGCGGAGAUGUUGCGCACGCUCAAUCAGCGCAAAAUGAGGAGGAACUGCGGGCAGUUAUCACCACGAUGUGCCACGAUAUUAUCGGAAUAAUCGGAAGGCCUCAGGUUGAGAGAUCAUUGCAAGCAUGGUCUGAAGUAUACCCCGAGCAGGAGGGCGCCAGGUUGAUAGAGAAGACGAGCAUCUACCGCCAUUUGAAGCAAAAUAAUACGGCUUGGGUCCCUAUACCUGCGCAGGAAGACAUAAGGUCUGAAGCCCAAGCUGGCUCGUUGAGACCGACACCUGGAACAUCAUCUUCGCCUCCAUCGGUACAAGAAAUGGAGGUUCAGAACCGGGCGGAGAGACUUCGGGAUGCUCUCUGUCUACCACCUAUUCGCCGCGCCUCUGCAGACAAUAUCAAUCUAUCGCAUCCGAGAUACAUGGUUACUAUUCUCCUUUCACGACCUCUCCGACAACACGAAGUAACUGUUCAGAGUCUCCAAGGGUUCUUCCUCCAAUCAUAUCAUUUGGUGACGACAUAGCCGAGUCGCCCGUCUUUCAUACUCCCCAGAGUAGUCGACGAGCAAGCCAGGUAUCAUACCCAGCCUCAGAUAGAAGUCUAGACCCCUUCCAGCCUAUUCACUAUGAUCCAAACCCUCACGAGAAGGCAGCACC